AUGACAAAUAUAAAUGAAAAUAUCAUUGUUCGUCAAUUAAAUAUCAAUCAUCAACAACAAGAAAAUCUAGAAGAUUUUACUGUUAUAUGGAUUGAUUCUAAUAUUGAUAAAACUGAUGAUUGUAUUCAAAUAAGAGCUCGUCUUCGACUCCUAAUUAAUUAUCUUAAAACAUUUGAUGAACCAAACGAUGAAUGUUUAUGUUAUAUUAAGCAAAUAGUAAAUGAAAAAAUAUUUUUAAUUAUUUCAGGAAGGUAUAGUGAACAUGUUGUACCUUUUGUUCACGAUUUACCACAAAUUUUAUCAAUAUAUAUUUAUUGUUAUAUGAAAGAUGAUUAUCUUCAUCAAAAACAACAGCAGAAAAAAGUCAUUGGCAUUUUUGACAAUAUUGAACAAUUAUUGAAAAAACUUAACGAACAAGUCACUGAUUAUAAACGUAAUCAGUUAGGAACAACAUCAAUAAUAAAUUUAAAAUCUACACAAGAAUUUUCAAUUAAAAAUUUAUCAAAAAAUAAUGCAAAAUUUGUUUGGUUUCAAUUACUUAUUCAAAUAUUAUUUUUAAUGCCAAAAACAAAUGAUUCUAUUAAAGAAAUGAUUUAUGAAUGUCAAUUACAGUAUCAUGGUAAUGACGUUGAACAACAGAAAAUAAAUGAAUUUCAACAAACAUAUAAAUCAUCAGAUAGUAUUAAAUGGUAUACACGUGAUAGUUUUAUCUAUCGUCUGAUUAAUAAAGCACUAAGAACUCAAAAUAGGAACCAUUCGAAUAUCACAUUGUACAAUCAAUUUAUUUUUUUAGUAAUU